GUUCUCACUCUACCUCUCUAAUUUUAAACCCACACCUCCACAAUGCUGAUAUCAAUCACCUCAACAACAAUCCUUGCCCCCAUCGCUAGCACUUUUGUCACAACAUUCUUUAGCUCUAAAAAUGAUUAACAGACCUCGUAAAAAUAUAUCAAUUCUAGCUAUGGCGGUGUCCCCUGCUGUGAUUGUUGGUGUGGAAGAGUCGGUAGGGCUUUGCAAGAAAUGGGCAGUGGACAAGAUUUGCUUGUAAAGAGAGGAGAGGUUAUUCCACUCCAUUUUUAAGGUUCAAUUUUGGUUUGUACAAGAAAUGACAGAUCUUGAAGCUGUUGAUGAGGCCAAUCCUAAGUCGAGAUGGAAAGGGGUUACGGGACGAAUCACGCCGAAUUCGGAAAAACGAAGGGGAAAACCUAAAUUGUGCCUUUAAUUCAACCAUUGGAUGCCCCUCAAAAGUUUAAGGCCCGGCUGCACGUAUAUAGAGAGGAAGAUGAGUGUAGUGACUGAUUCUCCGGUGCGCUCUUCGCAUUCAUCGAGCAGUGAUGAUUUCGCUACUUUUUUGGAUGGUGAAUUGGACUCGUGGUCUGAUUCUUCUUCUAAAGCGAAGAAUGUUGCUGAGAAUGAGGAUGAUGACAAGGAGGUGGAGUCUGAUUCAUGGGGCGAUGAUAAUGAUGAUGACUCUGAUUCAUGGGGCGAUGAUAAUGAUGAUGACUCUGAUUCAUGGGGCGAUGAUAAUGAUGAUGACACCUUAGCCAACCGAAUUAAGAGGGCUCGAGUGGAGAUCAGCGAGACUGUUCAGGACAACCUCGAGGCAUCAACUUCUCAUAUACAUAUACAGCAAAACUCGGUAGCAUCCACAAGUAAGGUUGCUUGCACACAUCCAGGAACUUUUGGUGACAUGUGUAUAUGUUGCGGAGAAAGGUUGGCUGCGGAAACAGGUGUCACCCUUGGGUACAUACAUAAGGGUUUAAGGCUUGGUAAUGAUGAAAUUGUGCGAUUACGUAACACAGAUACAAAGAAUUUGUUACGAAACCGGAAGCUCUACUUGGUCCUUGAUCUAGACCAUACACUGCUUAAUUCUACUCAGCUUAUCCACUUGACUCCAGAAGAAGAUUAUUUGAAAAGUCAAAUAGAUUCUGUGCAAGAUGGCUUAAAUGGUAGCCUCUUCAAGUUGGAUUUCAUGCAUAUGAUGACGAAGUUAAGGCCCUUUGUCCAUGAAUUUCUCAAAGAAGCAAGCCAGAUGUUUCAGAUGUACAUUUACACGAUGGGUGACAGGGCAUAUGCGCAGGAAAUGGCUAAGCUGCUUGAUCCUGGAAAAAAGUACUUCCACGACAGAGUUAUUUCCCGCGAUGACGGAACUCAACGACAUCAAAAAGGUCUUGACAUUGUGCUCGGUCAAGAUAGUGCUGUUCUUAUCCUUGAUGACACAGAGAAUGCUUGGACAAAGCAUAAAGAAAAUUUGAUACUGAUGGAAAGAUAUCAUUUCUUUGCUUCGAGCUGUCGCCAAUUUGGAUUCGAAUGUAAAUCUCUUUCACAGAUAAAGAGUGAUGAGAGUGUGUCUGAUGGAGCACUUGCAUCAAUUCUCAAGGUCUUAAGGAAAAUUCACCAGAUGUUCUUCGAUGAGCUAGCGGACAAUCUAGAUGGCAGAGAUGUGAGGGAGGUAUUGGGUAUGGUUCGUAAAGAUGUGCUAAAGGGAUGCAAAAUUGUAUUUAGUCGAGUAUUUCCGACUCAAUUCCAAGCUGAGAAUCACCAUCUUUGGAAGAUGGCGGAGCAGUUAGGGGCUACAUGCUGUCGAGAACCUGGCCCAUCAGUAACACAUGUCGUUUCGGCAGAAGCUGGAACAGAGAAGUCACAUUGGGCUCGGAAGAACGAUAAGUUUUUGGUCCAUCCGCGGUGGAUAGAGGCUGCAAAUUAUAUAUGGCAAAGGCAGCCAGAAGAUAAUUUUUCGGUCAACCAACCAAACAAACAAUAGUCGGUAUCUUCUUGUAGGUCAGUAUUUUUUUUCUUGUUCUCGAUUUUGAAGCUGUUGAUAGCUUAAGGUCUGGUUUCCUAUUCAGCAGAAUUGAUCAGCUCUCUUUGAACAUUCUUGUGACACCAUCCCGGUUAUCUGUGCCCAUUAUGGUUACAGGUUCUGUACAAAUGCAUCAAGCGAUUCAUAGGUUUAUUAAAGAUUUUCUUGAUAUAUAUUGAUAGUUCGAUAACUCGGAUGAUGCAAAAUUUUCCUGAUAUGUUAAUAGUUUGGAUAGACUUGGAUGCCAAA